AUGGAAGCAGAAGAGAGAAACUACUCGUGGCUGAACAUCUGGGUCUUCCUUAGUGUUGCCCUUGCACUCAAAGCUGCCUUUGUGACCACUUGCCUUGUGGUUCUCUUCUGGCACAGCAGUGACCAGCCCAGAGUCCUGCAGCAGCAGUUCUCGGAGUGGGAGUGCAACUCAGCAGUGCCACAAGGUACAGACCGAGGCUGGACAUGCUGCCCAAGGGGCUGGAGAAGGUUUGAAAGAAGCUGCUAUUUCCUGUCCCUUGAUAAGAUGAACUGGACUGAGAGUGAGCAGAACUGCACUGGGAUGGGCUCCCAUCUGGUGGUGAUCAACAGCAGGGCAGAGCAGGAAUUCGUCUCUGGGCAGACAAAAAAAGCUCGAGAUAGAGAGAAUUUCUACAUCGGUCUGUUUGCAGAGAAGGUGGGGCAGUGGCAGUGGGUGGACAAGACUCCAUAUAAUGAGACAGCAGCGUUCUGGCGACAUAAUGAACCAAGUAAUAACGUUAACGAGAACCGCACUGUAAUCCAUGGUCCGGAAAAAACUGUCAACAACUGGAAUGAUGUCUAUUCAUAUGUCAAGCAUCAUCGAAUUUGUGAAGCUGCAGCAGUAACUGUGUGAUGGAAAUCCCCCUGUCCUGAGUAUAGUUGGGAGCUGAGCAGUAAGCAUGGAACAGCUCUGGCUGUGCUGGGAAGGGUGGGGAGCCCUUGUACAUCUUCACUGUGUGGGGGGACCCUGUGUGUGUGUGGAA